AUGCUCGAAGCUUCUGCGCUGAUCUCUCUGGUGGUGCAGGGGCUUCGCUCCAACUUGUGGGGUUUGGCUUGUCCCUUCUACUGCACUGGCCCUUCGAUCUCCUUGGCUGCUACUUGCAUGGGUACCAGCCACGACGGCAACCUUGAUAUCUCCCUUGAAAUCUCCGGCUUGGCCGUGUCUGUGUCUGGCCCUGCUUCUUUGGUUGGUGACUUUGUCCAGUUCAUCUCGGCUUUCCGCCCUGCUCGGUCUGCUUCCCCUGAGCCUUCCGUUGGGUCUUUUGAGGUUGUCAGUUCUGCGCCUUCCGAACCUGCUCCGGUUUCUGUUGGACUUGAAACCCGUGACCAGAUCCUGGCCUCUUUCCGUCCUUGUCCUGCUCAUCUGCGUGGAUUGGGUGUUAAGCUCACAGGUGCUACUCUGUCAGGUUCUGCCCGCAUUGACCGUGCUUGGGUUGCUGGCUGCUGGGCUCGGGCUGUUAGGGACAAGAGGGUGCACUCUCCCAACAGGACGCCUCCUUUGGAUUUGCGCUCUCGGUUCUACGCUGUGGCUAGAGCCAACUCUGUCGUGGGUCCAGUCAUCUUCAGGUCAUCAGCAUCCUAUUGGCGUGCCCUGGGGACUCUUGAAGGUUCCAACUCAAUCUCACAGAGCUUCCCAAGUGAGACAGAGGCCAAGGUAUACCUCCUUGCCGCUGGAUUUGAACAAGAAGAGGAGGAUUUGUUGAGCCGCUUGGUGACUGUCGCAGAGGAUCUGGAGCCCUACGUGCUUCAAUGGCCUGCUCCAGACGAUGCAGACGGUUUUGCCGAGGCUCUAGCUUUGGUGGUUGCAAAAAAGCGCGGAGGAAUGCUGCUGGCGCUCCCACCUGGCCUGAUUCCAGAUCAGAUCCUGGAGUUAGCCAAUGCUGGAGAAGAUGCCGGGCCAGUGGGGGCUUCUACAAGAAUCACAAUACCAGGGGUCAUUUUGGACGGAGGUCUGGUGUCUCCAACUGGCACAGAUGUGACCGUGGUUUUGGUAGAUUUGGCGGAGGAGUUGGUUCCAAGGUUGCGAGUUGCCGAGGGAGCGGAGGAGAUAGCCAUCCCCUUCGACCUGGACUCACCCUUCACUUUUCCAGCUCCUGCUCCUACCCUCGAUUUGGCAAUGAAGUGGGUCCAAGACUCAGAUGUGGAAUCAGGUCUGGCAUACUACUCAGCAGCGUCAGUGGAAGCCCCGCCGCCUUCCUCUCAGAGGCCAUCCAGAAAACAGAGAAAGCCGCCAGGGGACGCAGACACUCCUACUGGCGCCGAAAAGCAGCAAAAGCCCAAGAGGCCUACCACGGCAAGCCUGGCAGCUUCCAUGGACCAGCUUUUGGACUUGGUGCCAAAUCUGACUUCUCAGGUGCAAACUUUGGUUUUGAGACAGGAUGCACUCGAGACCAGGUUGGCUGCUCCCACCAGGGCUGGAACUCUUGGACUUACCCAGCCUCUUUCAUCCAGUCUGACAGCGGCAUCAAAUGCGGGGGCCGUGGCGAACCUGAUUGCUGCACCUCCACCGAGGACGCGAGCUCAGCUUGGACUUGCUGGAGGAAUGGAUUUUCAACCUCCCGAGCUCAAGGAUCUGGAGGAGGAGAAGCCCCCUUUGGGCCCUGCUGCCGGAGGGGACCUGGCGAGAGCAGUCCUUGCGCAAUCUCAAGCUCUCACAGCACUAGUUGGUCAGAUUGCACAGUCCAGCCAGGACCCCAUGGUGGAUUUGGGUGGAGGGACAUCUUCAGCAAGCACGAGGGGAGCUCUUGGACGAGCGAGACUUCAAGCAGAACUAGCCACCCAUUCCGGCGCCUUCUACCAGUCGGUCUUGAGAUCGAUGGCAAGACGAAUGCAGCCAACAGCCCCGGCAACUGGGACUCCUGCAGAGCUCCUCAGCAGGGGGAUCAGCGGAACACAAUACAUGGAACGCUACGGGGGCUUCGGAAGGCACCGGGAUCUGGGUUUGGUCCUAUACCAGGUGAUGUCGAUUUUGGACUUUUUGCAGUCGGACAAUCUUGGAGCUGCGAGGGACGCCACUGCCCUUUUGGCGGUCUGCCUCGACCAGGCAGUCAUCGACAAUGGCCGGUUCGACUUGGCCGCCCUCCUGACGCUUCAAGAAGACCCUCCGUCUUCGAUCUUCAUCAACAGACAACAAAGCACCCUAUCUCGCUCCAGAACCUUCUCCCACCUUGCGGAUCAACGAUGGGUGACGGUGGCUCUUGCUUUUAUAAAAGAACUCGAGGUCAUCAACAGCAAGCGCCUCGAGAUCACGGGAGGAGUGGGGGGAGGAGGCCCGAAAGGCCAGGGAUCCUCAGAUCCACAACCAGAAGGAAAGGCUCAGCCAAAGCGAGUCGCCAAGGGAAGGGGAAAGAACCAAAGUGCGGGAGCGCCGGAUCAGGAGGAGGAGUGUAGAUCCGGUCCUGAAUUAGGUGCAGCUCUGAUGCAGCUUGAGCGUUUCAUCGACUCUGAACCUGUCUUCCAAGGCGGGUACUUGGAUGGCCCCGUCAGGUUUCGCGAGGACCCUGACUUGUUUCCCCGUGAUGAAUUUCCCCAGCUUUUCCCUUACAGGUCUUUGGAUUCAGCCCGCUUGAAGUUGGUUGGACAAGGUGCCUGGCCCAUGGAGAAGUUCAUCGAAGGGCCGCUUUGGUUGCCGUUCCAAGAGCCUGCCAUUUUGCGACAUGGUUUGGAAGUUGAUUUUUCAGCUGCCCCAAAUUUCAUGAAGGAGUCCCGUGACGAAUGCCUGCGGCUUGUGAAGCUUUGGGACAGCAAAGGACUUGUCAGGCUUUUUGAGGAGCCAGCUGAGCCAGGGCUGUUUUGUAGGGUUUUCAACGCCUUCAAGAGUCCUGAGUGCGACAGGCAGAUAGAUUUCUAUCACCAAGCUGCUGUGACUGCAAGUAGGGCCCAGACAAACCUUUUGCCUUUCUCAUUCGAACCUGAAGAGCUUGUUGGUCUUGAAGCUUUUGAGAGGGAGAAGCUUGAAGCGGUGAAGCAGAGCCCAAAGGGCCGUGAAGUCAUAGGAGAUCGCCUUGGACUUAUCCCCAAAAAGCUUGCCCCAAAAGAAUGGACUCCAAAGCCACUGUUUGCAGGUUUUGCCUCGCUCUUUCAGGGUGACCAUCUUGGGGUUGAGUUUGCUUUGUGUGCCCACCAGCAGCUGCUUGAGGAUGCUUGUCUCUUGCGUGAUGGUCAGCAGGUAAAGGGGUCAUGCCCUUUCCCAAAAGGCCCGGUGUACUCUGGUUUGGUCAUUGAUGACUUUUUCCUGAUCAGCCGGGAGGGUGCCAAGAGACCAAAACAUGACACGUCAGCUUUUUAUGCUUUGGCCGCCGCCAGGAGAACAUAUGAAGCUGAGGGUCUGAUCGGAUCCACUGAAAAGGACAUUGAGGCUGCUAGUGUCUUCAAAGCGGCCGGGGCUGAGUUUGUCUCUGAUGAACAUGCGGUGCAAUCAGGUUGUGUCACGGUUGGUGCCCCUCGAGCAAAACGCCUUGCCUUAGCCGCGCUGUCCCUCCGAGCCGCCAGACUCCCUGGACUUUCCCCUCAGCUUGCAUCUCGCCUUGCUGGAAACUGGUCGUCUGUGUUGCUGUACCGGCGGUGUCUCUCGAGCGUUGUUGAUGGACUGUUUGCCCUGGGGGUUUCUGAGUCCUGUGCUGGAACGUCUGUUGUGCCGCUGCCCAGAAGAAUUGCCAGGGAACUCGUUUUGCUUGCAAUCAUGUCUCCUCUGACCUGUUCAAAUGUCGCAGUGAGCUACGUUGGCACCUUGUUUGCUUCUGACGCGUCUUUGUCGAAGGGAGCCUUUGUUGCGGCUGAAGUUGGUGCUGACAGGGUCGAAGAGCUUUGGCUUGACACUGAAAAGAAGGGAUCCUAUGCUCUCCUUGACUGCGGUUUCAAAGAGAUGCUUAAGCAUGUUGGCGAAUAUGAGGGUGAGGAGCAGGUGCCUGCGCCUCUCAUCAGGCCAAAAGCCUCACCCCUCUUGUACUAUGAUUUCGUUGAGAUCUGUGGAGGGGUUGGAGCUGUCAGUGCGGCUGCCUGUGAGCUUGGUCUUGUUUGUGCUCCACCCUUGGAUCUUUCGGCUUCUGAGCACUACGACCUUGGGGACCUUCGUCCCUUGUCCUCAUGCGUGUUGGCCGUCGAUGUGCGAGACCAUGUGGCCUUGAGCAACCCCGCCGGUCAAAGAUGGCUUGGCUUGAUGAAUGGAUUUCCCUGGUCCAGUCUGGUGAUUUUGAAGAGGACUGUUGUUGCCUUGGCUGAAUCCGACAUGUCUUGCGAGGGCCUUGAGUCUGUUGUCACAAAUGACAUCAUGUGCACAUCGGUGUGGCAGGAAGCCCGAAGUUGGUUUUGGAAAAGACCUCGCCACAUCAACGCUUUGGAGGUGUCUGCUGGAGUUGCUGUGCUGAAUGAGGUUGGUCCAAAUGCCCCACACUCCCGGGUUGUGUCAUGUUUGGACUCUGCCGUUGCUCGGGGGGCCUUGUCAAAGGGUCGCUCCACAUCAACCCUUCUUCAGCCCCUCCUCCGCCGCUCAGCUGUCUUGCAGGUCUGUUUCGAUUUGUAUCCUGUUUGGCCUUUCUGCCCUACCCGCCACAAUGUUGCUGAUGACCCGACACGGGACGUCGUUCUCCGUGAGCGUGCUCCUAACAGUGUCACCGCCUGUCAUGGGAUUGACCUGCGCUUGCUGCAUCGGGUAGGCCUUAAGAGAUUUGCUGCCAACUGGAUUCGGCUCUUCCUGCUUGUUUCGUGCGUUUCUGGGGGAAAAGCUGAUGGAUGCCAUGACCCUUUGGACUUCAACCCGGCCUUCUGGACUUACCCAGUUGCUUUUGGCAGUUUCCAUUGUCCUCUUAGGUGUUUUGGUGCCAAGAUGUCUCUCCUGGAUUUCAGUUUAGCCAAGUGGACUUUCCUGGCUCUUUUUGGGCGUGUCAUGAGUUUUGCUCUCACUACCCAUCGGUUGCUGGUUGGAGUCCUCUUUUGGCUUUUCAUGUUUGCUCUCUUCCGUCGUGGCUGUCAGUUUCGGGUCCUCCGUGUCCUUUUUGGAUUUUACGGAUGUGUCUGUGUGUCGAUGUCCCUUGCACCACCAGGCCCCCGUUUUGAUGGAUUUCAGUUCGGAGCGUUUGCCAUGGAAGCCUCCUCCGUUGCUGAGAGGCGCAGGGCUGCAAUGAGAACUGAGACUGUCCUGAAAGGAGACCGCGUAAUACUGGAUGCGACGAGAAACAGACGGAAGAAACUUCUGAAGCAAUUCCAGGUAUGGCUCUGGAGUGAGCGAGGCGUAUCUCUGAAGUUUUUGCUGCAAGAGAAGCCGCCCGAUCCUGAGAAGAUCUCUGAAUGGUUGGUCGCUUUUGGGAGAGAGCUUUUCCGUACAGGAAAGGCCUACGGAAUCUUCGCCGAGACAAUCAACGCAGUUUCCGCAGCCAGACCUGCGGUCCGAAAGCAAUUAACUUUGGCUUGGGACUACGCCUUCUCCUGGGUUGCUGAUGAGCCCUUCCACCACAGACCUGCCAUGCCGGCUUCGGUUUUGCUGGCAAUUUUAGCAGUCGCUUUGUUUUGGGGAUGGGUUGAAGAAGCAGCAAUUUUUGGAAUGGCUUGGGCUGGACUAUUAAGGAUCGGGGAGGCCUUACAAGCUCUCCGCUCUGAUUUGGUUCUGCCUGAAGACGCAGCCCCAGGAAUGACCUAUGCACUGCUUCGCAUCAGGGAGCCCAAAACUCGAGGACGCCACGCGAAACAUCAAGCCGCCAGAAUAGACCCAGCAGACAUUGUCCAACUACUCCAAAUAGCCUUUUCCAAAAAGAGCAGGGAACAAAAACUGUGGCCUCUUUCAGCUUCCACGCUGAGAAAGAGACUGGCUGACCUUCUGAAAGCUAUUAAGCUGCCUACGGAGGGGAGUGGAUCUCAACACUUCGAUCUUUCAUCACUCAGACCAGGAGGUGCCUCAUGGCUUCUGUCUUGCUGCGAAGACAGCGAAAUGGUUCGCCGAAGGGGCCGCUGUGCUACGACGAGAACGAUGGAAAUCUACCUGCAAGAGGUCCAGUACGUCACUUUCGUUGAGAGGCUACCGGCUGCCACAAAGGAAGUAAUUCAUACAUGUGCCGCUGGUUUCCCAGACCUUUUGAAAAAGGUUCAGUUUUUCACUGAUGCUGCCAUUCCCAGCAGCACAUGGUUCACACUGCUGAGAGAUAGACGGAGUUUUGGAACUUAG